UUCCUCUUGGAGCAUCGCAGCUGCUUUGGGUCUUACACAGCACUACAACGACUAUUCGCGAUCCACAACAAAGACUAUAACAACGCCAUUAUUCUGCACGACUCGGCUUCGAGCAGCGACAGCGAGCAGCGAGGAACCGCCAAAAUGUCGAUUUCCGGGCUUUCAUUCGUUUUCUGGCGCAUCUUCCAGAUCGUCACGCUGAUUCCCACGCUGGGCAUGCUCGCUUGGUUCGUCUCGUGGUACGAUGACCGCAACCUGCUUACGCCGCGAUCGAUCCUGGUGCUCUUCAUAGUCUCAGUACUAGGAGCAGCAUGGGCGAUGGGGACGUUAUUCCUGUACUCUCGCGCACGACACUCCGCCAAAUUCGUUGCUUUUAUCGACCUUCUCUUCGUCGGCGCUUUCAUUGGCGGUGUCUAUUGUCUGCGAGGUAUCACCGAUGCGGACUGCUCCAACUGGUCUUCAAACGGCUCCUACAGUGCUGACCUGGGGCUUUUUAACAUUUCUGGCAACCGCUACAGCCUGAACAUCGACCGACAAUGCGCUAUGCUCAAGGCCUCGUUUGCGUUCGGCAUCAUGUAAGUUUGCUUGAUCGUUGCAAUGGAAUGCAUAAUUGAUA